GUUAUCUCUGGAAGAGAGUGUUGAUAAGAGCACUAACCAACAAAAACAAUGAUCUGGCAAGAAUUUCGGCAUUUAGUUCUGUAGAAACUAAUCGGCAAGAAGAGAAAAUGAUGCCAAAAUUAUACAUGAACGAAGUGAGUCCAGCUGUGAGGGCGGUUUUAAUGACAGCCAAGGCAUUGAACAUCACUUUGGAUCUCAAAGAGGUGAACCUCCAGAACAAGGAACAAUUGGCCCCAGAAUUUUUGAAACUGAAUCCGCAGCAUACAGUACCAACUCUGGAGGACAACGGUCUAGUGAUCUGGGACAGCCAUGCCAUAAUAGCCUAUUUGGUUGGUAAAUAUGGAGCGUACGAUUCUUACUAUUCGAAGGAUAUACAGAAGAGAGCUGUGAUAGACCAGAGGUUGCAUUUCGAUUCUGAAGUCGUGUCUCAUGUGCUCAAGACGAUAAUGAGCCAGAUUAUUCGUGGGGAUUCUGUGGAAAUACGGCCCGAUUUCAAGGAGAGAAUCAACCGUGUCUAUGCCUUGGUAGAGACUUUCCUUGUGGAAGACUGGAUAGCUGGCAGUUCUAUAUCGAUAGCCGAUUUUAGCAUCCUUGCUUCGAUAACAACUUUGCACGUGAUAUCACCGAUAGAACCUCUCAAAUACCCAAAAGUCAUCCGUUGGAUACAGAGGGCGCAAAUGGAAUCUUUUUACGAUUCUAAUAAAAGAGGAUUGGAAAAACUAGAAAGUCUUAUUUGUUGCAAAGAAGGUCUGGAGCAAUAAAUAUUUCAUUUCUAA